UUUUCUCUGGUACAAUAUUGGACGAUCCUCUGGAAUUAUGGUGUCAUCGCACUUACAAAGCAAAAUGGCAAUUGCGACUGUUGCUGAUGAUUUUUCAAACCGUUGCUUAUCAAGGUACGAUUUAUGAUUGGGCCAGAGAUCAUCGUGUACAUCACAAAUUCUCCGACACUGAUGCGGAUCCGUACAACAUCCGCAGAGGAUUUUUUUUUUCUCAUAUAGGUUGGCUUUUAAUACGUAAACAUCCAGAUGUUCUAAAAAAAGGUGCUACAAUUUCUUGCAGCGACCUCGAGAAAGAUCCUUUUGUGGUUUUUCAAAGAAAAUACUACUUAUAUCUGGUGUUUGUAUUGUCCUUUAUUGUGCCAACGUUGGUACCUUGGUUGGUAUGGAACGAAUCUCUAUGGUACUCAGGAAUCGCGUCCAUUACUAGAUAUUGUAUUACUAUCCAUUUAACUGCGUCAGUGAAUUCGUUGGGUCACAGGUGGGGAAUGAGACCAUACGACAAUUCUAUCAGUCCUGUCGAAAACGCAGUUAUUUCUGUUCUGGUGUGCGGCGAAGGCUGGCACAAUUAUCAUCACGUUUUUCCUUGGGAUUACAAAACAGCUGAAUUUGGAAGUUAUACGAUGAAUAUUACUACAGCUUUUAUUGAUUUCUUCGCCUUUGUAGGAUGGGCUUAUGACCGGAAGACCGCAUCUACUGACAUAGUGAAAAAACAUGUUCUUCGAAAUAUUAAAGAAAAUAUUGAUAACAAAUCCAUUAAACAAAUCAAAUAGACAUCAGAUAUUUAUACGCUUCGCGCGCUAACGGUGUUACCCAUAACGACAU